AUGAGGAGAGAAGAGAUCAAGGUGACAUUAUGGGGAGACAGUGCUAGAAAGGUUGACAUAGAGACUAUUGAAAAUCUACCUCCACCCGUGCUUAUGGUGAUGACCAGUUUGAAAGUUAAGAAAAAACCAUCAAACACCAAUCAUACUUGCAUUUUCAUAAAUCCAGAAAUCCCACAGGCAGAACCCUACAAAAUCGAGUUCUCCAAGGCAACAGAUAAUAUCAAAAAACUGCCCACUCCAUACAAACAAUUAACAGCAGCAGAAGUCAAAAAAGUGGAUAAAACCACUGUGCGUAAAUUGAACAAGCUUAACCCCAAAGAAUACAAGAACCAGUUGGUGUACUGCAAAGCUUUCAUUUCCAGAUUUUCAACACAUGAUGGCUGGUGGUACGAGGGAUGCCCACAAUGCUACAAACAAUUGACGGUGAAGAAAAAUAGUGACCUGCAAGUCUGUCUAGACCACAGCGUGCAAAUACCUCUUCCAUGUUAUAGAGUCCAUGCCACCAUUGAAGAUCCAAACAGUGAAGCCACAAUCAAGCUUAGAGGAAAACCAGCUGAACAAUUGUUUGGAAUAACUUGCAGAGACCUCAUAGACAGGUACCCUUAUGCUCCACAGGAAACAUUACCCCAGGAAAUAUUGCAAACAAAAGGGCAAAUUCACAUUUUCCAAAUCCAAAUCAAUGAGGCAAAUGGCUUCAUAGUGAAAGGUAUCUUUCCAAGCACAAAGAAUCAACCAAGUGCCAGCACACCAGCUCAUCCAAUGUAUGACAAAAAAAGAUCUGUCGAUAAAGGAAGAAGACAACUAUUUGCUACCACUCCAGACAAAAAGGCCCGCACUUAA